AUAUAGAAUUUUAAUGAAAUGUAAAAAUACAGUUACAACAAAAUAAAGCUAAAAUCAAACCACAGUUCUUCAGAGAGACAGAGAGUCAACUAUACAGAUAAAACAGAGUGCUAUAUCAAGUGAAAGCUAUCUGGCAAGGUAGCCACUGCUAGCCGUAGCUAAAGCUAAAUUAACUUUUUCCCCCCCCAGGCUCUCUUUGUAAUGGCAAAAUAUCAACUUUGCUUAACAGACAUCUUGGUAAGUUUGUUGACACUAUCCCACAUAACUAAUGGGGCAGUAAUUAAAUCUCACGAUGAAGUAAACAAACAAACAAACAAACAGCUAGCUUAGCACAGUAUAGUAGUAACUGUUGUUUCAGCUGUUAUAGUUUUACACUGUGAGUGGAAGAAUAUGAACAUGAUGAUAUUUAAUGUCAACAAAGUGUUUAAGCAAACUUUUAGUCAAAAGUGGGGAAAAGUGAAGGUCUCACAACUCCAAAAGUGUAACUCCUCUGCAUUAUUGAUCAAUAUUUCCAUUGAAAAAAGGUUUGUGGAAACAUUUUGAUGUAUAAUUUGUUUGUAAAGACUGAAAACUGGGAGACUGAAAUCUGUUUCAAAAUUGCACAUUUUGUCUUAAAACCCAUUUAAAAAAUCCCACAAAAUUUCAAAUAAUUUUAAAGUUAAAUGGAGUUUCUAAAUGAACGUAUGUGGGACCAGAUCGCAGGAAAGGGUCAGAAGUUUGGUUCCUGCUGUCGGUGCUUUAGAGACAGACAUUAACUUAUCCCUUAUAUAAAAAAUACAUAUACAGUAUCUGAUUAACUUGUGUACCAUCCAAUUUUUUUUUUUGUUGCAUGUCAAUUGACCCACCAUCUACACCAAUCAGAUAAAGAAAGAUUAAUUGAAGUUGUUUGCUUAUCAAAUGUAUAAUUAAGUCCUUGCUGUGAAAUUUACUUGCUGUUUAUGCAGCAUAUUUACAUUUUUCCAGCCAGAGCCAGACAUACACAGUGGAAACGUUUCACCAGCCUCUGCAGUGCACCUGCUUUAUGCGAAUACACUGAUCUCCAACCAUCUCACUGUUACAAAUAUCCAAGUUCAUCUCUCAGCAGGUGAUGCAAGGAAUGCUGUUUUCAAAUUAACUUCAAAUAAUAAAAGGAUUUUUUCAAUGUGUAAACAAUAAAUUUAUUGUUACCUACUAUUCGAUUUGUAUUGGGUUGAAUUAAUCAGCUUGUAAACUAACUGUUUUAUCAAGUAAGGAACUGCUGACACUGUAAGAGAUUAAGGAACUUGAGAAUGAAGAUUAAUACUCUGCAUGCAUCGAGAAUGAGUGUAAAAAUCUAUGAAUAUUUGAAGUGCAUGGACAUUUUUGUGAUUCAAAAUGUUGUCUGUGUACAUUAUAAAACAACCAGGAUGUAACUCUAAGUCUAUGAGUCUUAUAAAAUACUGUAAUUGAUUUACCUUGUAUAGUGCCAAGAAGGAACUUUUAUGGUUAUGGUAUUAACCUGCAUUAAAAUGUAUAACAGUUUAUAAGGGUGAGUGACUAUCUCUGAUUCUGAUUACAAAUUACUGGUGGAGCACAAAAGAAAUGCAAAAACAUGUGGUGUCAAUGCAUUUUCAGGAUUUUAGCCAGAUACAACAUCACAGAUUUUUUGUUUGCUUGUUUAUUUCAGAAUCAUGAGCAGAAACUACUUGUCCAAAAGCAAUGAGCUCCGCAAGGGAGACUACCUGAUGUUCAACAACGGGGAAUGGAAGGCUGUUUUCCAGGAUGAUGGUAACUUUGUCAUCUAUGGCUGGAAGCCUGUGUGGGCUUCAGACACUUACAGAUCAGAUGUUUUCCGCCUGUGCAUGCAGGCUGACUGCAACUUGGUCAUGUACAACAAGUGUAAUGAACCCAAGUGGCACACAAACACAUACAUCAGUGGGGAGGCCAACAUGUGCCGUCUUCAGCUGACCGACGACCGCAAACUGCUGGUGUUCAAGGAAGGUGAAGAACUUUGGAGCUCUGCUACCUCCAAAGGCUCCAAAGUACUAGAUGACCUGUGUUUGCCCUGUAAACUGUAUGUCUGCUGAUGAACAUGAUCUUUGACUAAUGGGGAAGUGAAACUUGUCUUAAGGAUGAAAAUAAUAAUAAUAAUAAUAUUAAUAAUGGGAAAUUGGGAAAUUCUGGCUAAAUGUCAGUUUUGUUACAGUUACGUGGAACAGCUGCACAUAAAAAAAGGCGUAACAUUUCUGAUUUAAAUGCCAACAUCAGUGUUGUCGUUCUCCCUAUCACACAGAACACAUAAUCUAAAUUCUGUUGUCAUCUCUUAGCAUGCCUGCCAUCAUGUGAACUUGAGCUACAUUUACCCAAAUUGAAUGGAUUCAAAAUUGAUCUUCAACCAAUCCUCUACUUUAUAUUUAAUGUAAUUACUCUUGGAGGAUGAUUGCAACAACAGAUGAUGACCCACUGGCUU